CAUGAAAUCUUACGGAAUUGGAAGUUUGGCAGUUUUGCUGGCGCUCGUCGCCGUCAGCGAAUCUUCGAAAGCUGAAUCAAGCAUCUUCGGCCCACAACCGCAGCAAUAUCCGGUGCCUGCCACAUCUACCUUCAUCGUGUCCGACUUUCUGCAGUUUCUGCAAACGGCCGUGACCUGCUUCAACAAGCUGCGCAUCCCAGAGGAACGGUUCCCACUAUACCUUGCCGGAGUGUUCCCGAACUGUCCGGAAACACAGUGCUUUGUCCGGUGUCUUUCGGCCAACCUGAACCUGUACUGUGACGAAACGGGUUCCGACAUUGACCGGCACUACCUACAGUACGGACUAGGACAGGACUACAACUGCUUCCGCCAGAAGGCUGAACAGUGCCUGGCGGCCAACACCUCGCCGUGCAACGAUCCGUGUGAGGCCGCAUACAAGCAGGAGCUCUGUUUCCUCGAAGAGUUCCGUAAGUACGUCGAUUCUAACAUGAACUCACUCAUUGCGGCCGUCGCCGUGGAAAAAACCGAACACAAUCCCGUGUACUACAACAUGAACGCUCGCAACUAG